CUGCACUGGCACUGACCGCACCCACCCGCACCACUUGCCUGCCAGCCGCCUCCACCAAACACCAAUCCCCCCCGAGCCAGCGCGGAUCCAGCGAUCCUGCCGCCGCCGAGCCCCGCCAUGGCCGCCGCGCUCAGGGCCGCGCCGCCGUCCCCGGCCACCGCCAGGCCCGCGGAGACCUUCGCCAAGUCGGUGCUGGCGUCGCGGGUCGCGGCACGCGGCGGCGUCGGGGCGGCGGCGGCCGGGAGGAAGGCGCGCGGCGUGGCGGUCCGGGCGUCGCUGUUCUCACCCAAGCCCGCGGCGGCCAAGGACGCGCGGCCGUCCAAGGUGCAGGAGCUCUACGUGUACGAGAUCAACGAGCGCGACCGCGAGAGCCCCGCGUACCUCCGCCUCAGCGCCAAGCAGACGGAGAACGCGCUGGGCGACCUCGUGCCCUUCACCAACAAGGUGUACAACGGGAGCCUGGACAAGCGGCUGGGCAUCACGGCGGGCAUCUGCGUGCUGAUCCAGCACGUCCCGGAGCGCAACGGCGACCGGUACGAGGCCAUCUACAGCUUCUACUUCGGCGACCACGGGCACAUCACGGUGCAGGGGCCCUACCUGACGUACGAGGAGUCGUACCUGGCCGUCACGGGCGGCUCCGGCGCCUUCGAGGGCGCCUACGGCCAGGUGAAGCUCCACCAGAUCGUCUUCCCCUUCAAGAUCUUCUACACCUUCUACCUCCGGGGCAUCCCGGACCUGCCGCGGGAGCUGCUCUGCACGCCCGUCCCGCCCUCCCCCGCCGUCGAGCCCACCCCCGCCGCCCGGGCCGCCGAGCCCCACGCCUGCGUCGCCAACUUCACCAACUGAUGGCUAGCUUCUGGUUUCAUGGGGGGUUCCAUUCAGGAAUUGUGUGUGGCUGCUGCCUAUGGCUAGUUUGUUUCCCUUGGACGAUUCGUUCGUCGUCGUCGUGGUAGUACUAGAUCGAGCAAUAAGAGAGUGGCGGGUCGGGGAGGAGCUUGGAGAGUGGAGUUGCGUUGCGUGCUCCGCUUCACUUGGCUCCUCUCUGCCCUGAUUGUGAUCGAUUAGCAAGCUAAGCAGUUGAGCUGGUCUCAGAAAAAAAAGAUUACUUUAUUGAUUUGUUA